UCUACUUCCAGUAUCCCCCUGCCAUUUGAAGGCUGUAGCAGUUUGUGGCUUUCCAAGCAAAAAUCAUACAUCUGUUCGCUUCUUUAAAUAGGUUUUCCAGUUGAAAGGGAUGUUUCGUAGAAAGCUUACAGCCUUAGACUAUCACAACCCUUCUGGAUUUGACUGUAAAGAUGAAACUGAAUUCAAAAAUUUCAUAGUUUGGCUGGAAGAUCAAAAAAUCAGACACUACAAAAUUGAAGAACGGGGAAAUCUCAGGAAUAUUCCAAGCUCAGACUGGCCUAAACAUUUUGAAAAGUACCUUCAAGAUGUGAACUGUCCAUUCAGCGCUCAGGAAAGACAGGAGACUGUUGACUGGCUACUGGGUCUUGCUGUUCGUUUUGAGUAUGGAGACAAUGUGGAGAAAUAUCGAAACUGCAAACCUGCGACGGAGGCCAGUGAUGAUCAAAAGUCUGUAGACCCAUUAAUUAAUCUGGACAGUAACAAUCCAGAUUUUAAGGCUGGUGUAUUGGCUCUUGCUAAUCUACUCAAAAUUCAGCGGCAUGAAGACUAUUUGGUAAUGCUUAAAGCCAUUAGGAUCCUGAUACAGGAACGUCUGACCCCUGAUGCUAUUGCAAAGGCCAGUCAAUCAAAAGAGGGUUUACCAGUGGCUCUUGACAAGCAUAUUUUAGGAUUUGAUACUGGAGAUGCGACUCUGAACGAAGCGGCCAGGGUUCUUCGCCUGCUUCACAUCGAGGAGCUCAGAGAGUUGCAAACCAAUAUCAACGAGGCCAUCGUGGCAGUUCAGGCCAUCAUCGCCGACCCCAAGACAGAUCACCGCCUCGGAAAGGUGGGCAGAUAAAAACGUCUGCCUGGAGCUUGCCACAGAGACCACAAGACAUGCUCUGUGAAGUAUACUUGUUUUCAUUAACCACACCACAGGUAUUUUGUUUGAAUUCAAAAACUUGAGUGUUUUUUUUUUCUUUAUCAUUCAUUUUCUUUGCCCUGUAAUUGAAAAAAGGCAAAGAUUUAUUAUAAAAUGUAAUUUCAUUGUAGCCUUAUGCAGAGGCACUUAUGAAAUGUCACAGGGGUUUCCAUAAAAAGUUGGACUAUUUGUUUUUGUUGCAUAAUAAACCUUAAUGCAACGCAGAAAAGUUUUGUAGGCAGACUGUAAGUUUGUUUUACCCUGGAGCAAGAAAUUCAACCUGUUCUGCUUUAUACCUCCAACUGUGCAUUCUGUAUUUAAAAAA